UCGGCGUCCUGGGGAGGGCUUGGUGAUGAUUUGCAUGGAGAGAGUGUAGUAAGUGCAGGGCUUCUGCCCCGGGGAACGUGCGUUUGCAGUCUGUGAUACUGCUUGAUACUCGUGGUACCGAAGAAAACGUGGGUGUGCCUGCAGAUACUGAGAGCAGCGUGAAAUACAGCUUUGUUGACAGGGGACAAUACACCUGUUCCGCAAAUCACAGAGGUCAUUGGUUGGAAAGUUAACACAUGAAUUUAGGCUGGUUGCAGCAGAUAGAAGGUCCUGGAAGAUCCUGCUGUUUGGUGCUAUAAAUUUAAUAUGUAUUGGCUUGCUGCUAAUGUGGUGCAGCUCUACGAACAGCAUAGCUUUAACUGCUUACACGUAUUUGACAAUCUUUGAUCUUUUCAGUUUGAUAACAUGUCUAAUAAGCUACUGGGUAAUGGUGAAGAAACCCAGUCCAGUCUAUUCAUUUGGGUUUGAGAGGUUUGAAGUUCUGGCUGUAUUUGCUUCUACGGUUCUGGCGCAGCUUGGUGCUCUUUUUAUACUGAAAGAAAGUGCAGAGCGAUUUCUGGAACAGCCUGAGAUACACACGGGACGACUACUAGUUGGUACUUUUGUGGCUCUUUUUUUCAACUUAUUUACAAUGCUUUCUGUGAGGAAUAAGCCUUUUGCUUAUGUCUCUGAAGCUGCAAGCACAAGUUGGCUUCAGGAGCACGUUGCAGAUCUCAGUAGAAGUAUUUGUGGAAUCAUCCCAGGACUGAGUAGCAUCUUUCUACCACGGAUGAACCCUUUCGUCUUGAUUGAUAUUGCUGGAGCUCUAGCUCUUUGCAUUACAUAUAUGCUCAUUGAAAUCAACAAUUACUAUGCUGUAGACACAGCGUCAGCUAUAGCAAUAGCUUUGAUGACAUUUGGUACAAUGUACCCCAUGAGUGUCUACAGUGGGAAAGUACUGCUCCAGACAACCCCACCACAUGUGUUUGGCCAGUUGGAUAAACUUCUUAGAGAGGUUUCAACUUUGGAUGGUGUCUUGGAAGUUCGAAAUGAGCAUUUCUGGACAUUAGGUUUUGGCACUUUGGCUGGAUCAGUACACGUCCGAAUUCGAAGAGAUGCGAAUGAGCAAAUGGUACUUGCCCAUGUCACUAACAGAUUAUACACAUUGGUCUCAACCUUGACUGUUCAGAUUUUCAAAGAUGACUGGAUCAGACCUACCUUAUCAUCUGUGCCUAUAGCAAACAACAUGCUGAACCUUUCGGAUCACCAUGUUAUUAUGAUGCCGUCUUUGAAAGCUGCUGACAACUUGAACCCUGUUACAUCUACUCCAGCAAAGCCCAGCAGCCCGCCACCGGAAUUUUCUUUCAAUACACCAGGCAAAAACGUGAAUCCAGUUAUCCUUUUAAACGCUCAAACAAGGCCCUAUGGAUUAGGCCUUAAUCAUGGACCCACACCUUACAGCAGUGCACUCAAUCAAGGAUUUGGAAUACCGGGAGUGGGAGCAACUCAAGGAUUCAGAACUGGGUUUACAAAUGUCCCAAGCAGAUAUGGAACAAACACUCGUGGUCAAUCCCGACCAUAAUAAACAGCAUUAUUUAUUGUA